AUGGACACGGAGCCACCUCGCGUGAUCUUCUACUCGAAGGCUGUACGCGACCUGCACUGGGCUCUCGCGUCGCCACACCUCCUGACGCCAGCGGCGGGCGUGCCGGUCGCUAGCGACGGCUGGUGCCGCCAGCUCUGUCAGGAGUCUCUGUCGUGGCUCCGAGAGCUCGACGCGCAGCCCGGCCCGCUCGAGGAGUGGCUGCAGCGACAGCGCAACGUCCGCCGCCUGGGCUUCUACUUUGCCGCGCUGCUCGAGUUCUGGGCGGCCGACGUGCUCGUGCAGCAGCAGAUACACGCGGGCGUGGAUGGCGAGGUGGCAGGUCAGCUCAAGCUGGCCUUUGCGCGGCGGAGCGUCGAGAAGGAGGCGCGCUCGUGGGCCGUGCCCAGAGACGCUGUGGAGGUGGUGCACUGGGAGAGCCACGUCAAGUUCUUCGCCUGGCGCGGCGACGGGGCGAACUUCUAA